GCGGGUGUGGUGGGAGGGUCCGCAGGUUCCGUGCCUGAGAGGAGCCGGCGGUGUCCGUGCGUGUGUUGGCCCUGGCGGCCGCUAGAGCGACCGGCCCACCUUCCCCACCCCUUCGGCUGGGCUCACCACACGCCCUCAGCUCCUGCAGACUUCUCUCUAGCCUCGCGGGCCCUGGCUGGAGGCUGAGCCUCGGGAGGAGACGUGAGCCGCUGACGCGGGAGUGGGGCAGACCGCGGCGCCCGGCCCGGGAGGAGAGCUAGGCGUGAUCGAAGGGUAUGAUUGGCAUGGAAUUGAAUUUCAUCUGUGUGUGGGAAUUGUAAGCAAGAAUAACUCCAGAAUUGUGAUUAUAAAAUGCUCUGGGCAAAUAAAGUACUAUGCAGAUGACAUUCCUCCUGUGGCGGUGAAAACUACAUCAGCAGUCCUUCCUCUGCACUUCCAUGACUUGCUGUGUGGGUCACAGUUGUGUGCGCCACCUGAACAGACUUGAACUCCGCUUUACUCUGCCAUCACAAAAGUCAAAGUGGAUUUCUCCAGUGUGGUGUGCUUGCCCCCUUCCGUCAUUGCUGUGAAUGGGCUGGACGGAGGUGGGGCUGGCGAAAAUGAUGAAGAACCGGUGCUCACGUCCCUGUCUGCUGCACCCAGCCCUCAGAGUGAAGCUGUUGCCAAUGAACUGCAGGAGCUCUCCCUGCAGCCCGAGCUGACCCUGGGCCUGCAUCCUGGCAGGAAUCCCAAUUUGCCUCCACUUAGUGAGCGUAAGAAUGUGCUGCAGUUGAAGCUCCAGCAGCGCCGCACCCGGGAAGAGCUGGUGAGCCAAGGGAUCAUGCCACCUUUGAAAAGCCCAGCUGCAUUUCAUGAGCAGAGAAGGAGCUUGGAGCGGGCCAGGACAGAGGACUACCUGAAACGGAAGAUCCGCUCCCGGCCGGAGAGAUCGGAGCUGGUCAGGAUGCACAUCUUGGAAGAGACCUCUGCGGAGCCUUCCCUCCAGGCCAAGCAGCUGAAACUCAAGAGAGCCAGACUAGCUGAUGACCUCAAUGAGAAGAUUGCCCAGAGGCCUGGCCCCAUGGAGCUAGUGGAGAAAAACAUCCUGCCCGUGGAGUCUAGUCUGAAGGAAGCCAUCAUCGUGGGCCAGGUGAACUACCCAAAAGUGGCAGACAGCUCUUCCUUCGACGAGGACAGCAGCGACGCCUUAUCCCCUGAGCAGCCUGCCAGCCAUGAGUCCCAGGGCUCGGUGCCAUCGCCCCUGGAGGCCCGCAUCAGCGAACCACUGCCGAGUGCCACCUCCGUGUCCCCCACUCAGGUUCUUUCUCAGCUCCAGCUGGGCCCAGAUGCAGGAGAAACACUGUUCGUGGCAGAGCAGCCGCCUUUGCCUCCUCCACCUCUGCUGCCUCCCAGCCUCACCAACGGGGCCAGUGUGCCCACCGCCAAGCCCACCCCUGCGCUCAUCAAGCAAAGCCAACCCAAGUCUGCUGGCGAGAAGGUGCAGCGCAGCAAGAAGGCCAAGGAGCUGAAGCCCAAGGUGAAGAAGCUCAAGUACCACCAGUACAUCCCGCCCGACCAGAAGCAGGACAAGGGUGCGCCUGCCAUGGACUCGUCCUACGCCAAGAUCCUGCAGCAGCAGCAGCUCUUCCUGCAGCUGCAGAUCCUGAACCAGCAGCAGCAGCAGCAUUACAACUACCAGACGAUCCUGCCCGCCCCGCCCAAGCCAGCGGGGGAGGCCCUGGGAAGCAGCGGGACCCCCCCAGUGCGCAGCCUCUCCACCAGCAACGGCUGCAGCAGCGCAAGCACCCCAGGGCCCGGGGGGCUGGCCCGCCAGAACAGCGCCCCUCUCUCUGGCAAGCCAGGAGCCCUGCCAGCCAACCUGGACGACAUGAAGGUGGCGGAGCUGAAGCAGGAGCUGAAACUGCGGUCCCUGCCCGUGUCCGGCACCAAGACCGAGCUCAUCGAGCGCCUGCGCGCCUACCAGGACCAAGCGGGCCCGGCGCCCAGUGCGCCCAAGGCUCCCGCCGCCCCCGCCCUGCUGUCCAAGGCAGGCGAGGUGGUGGUCGCCUUCCCGGCGGCCCGGCUGAGCACGGGGCCGGCCCUGGUGACCACAGGCCUGGCCCCAGCCGAGGUGGUGGUGGCCACGGUGACCAGCAACGGUGUGGUCAAGUUCGGCAGCACAGGCUCCACGCCCCCCGUGUCCCCCACACCCUCGGAGCGCUCGCUGCUCAGCACUGGCGAUGAGAACUCCACGCCCGGGGACGCCUUCAGCGAAACGGUCACGUCACCCUUGACGCAGCUCACGCUGCAGCCGUCGCCGCUGCAGGUGCUGGUGAAGGAGGAGGGCUCGGCGCGCGAGGCGGAGGGCCUGGACAAGGACCAGAUGCUGCAGGAGAAGGACCGGCAGAUCGAGGCGCUGACGCGCAUGCUCCGGCAGAAGCAGCGGCUGGUGGAGCUGCUCCGGCUGCAGCUGGAGCGGGAGAAGCGCGCGCAGCAGCCGGGCGCCGCGGUGAAGCAGGAGGGCGGCCCCGCCAGCUGCCCGCUCAGCCGCCAGGCCCCGGCCGCCGCGCGCGCCUUCAGCCCCGGCCUGGCGGCCCCCGCGGCCAUGCCCGCAGAUGCCGGGGCCGUGGCGGUGAAGCAGGAAGCGGCGCCGCCCGAGCCCGGCCCGGGCCCGCAGCUGCUCCUGGGCGCGCAGGGCAGCGGCCGCCUCCCGGGGGUCACCGCGCCCACGCUCGUCCUCAGCGUGACCAACAGGAAGGCAGACAGCCCCUGCCUGCCCAGCGGGAACCCUCUGCAGCCGCUGUCCCAGCCCGGCUCCCCCGCCCCCGGCCCGCCCACCCGCAUGGACCUGGAGCCCCCUCCGCAGCCCCAGCCCGCCUUCGGGGCGCCCGCUUCCCUGCUGAAGAAGGAGCCGCCCGGCUACGGCUACAAGGAGGAGGCCGGGCCGCAGCCGCCCAAGCCGCAGGAGAAUGGCUGCUGCAGCCAGCAGAUGGAUGACCUGUUCGACAUCCUGAUUCAGAGUGGAGAAAUCUCAGCAGAUUUCAAGGAGCCGCCGUCUCUGCCCGGGAAGGAGAAGCCUCCCUCUGUAGCAGCCUGUGGGUCCCCUCUGGCAGCACAGCUGUCACCAGCUGCUGAGCUCCCCCAGGCUGCGCCACCCCCACCAGGCUCACCCACACUGCCAGGGCGCCUGGAGGACUUCCUAGAGAGCAGCACAGGGCUACCCCUGCUGACUGGUGGCCAUGAGGGCCCGGAGCCUCUGUCCCUCAUUGAUGACCUCCACAGCCAGAUGCUGAGCAGCUCUGCCAUCCUGGACCACCCCCCGUCACCCAUGGACACCUCAGAAUUGCACUUUGCCCCUGAGCCUAGCAGUGGUGUGGGCCUGGACCUGGCCGACGGCCACCUGGACAGCAUGGAUUGGCUGGAGCUCUCGUCAGGUGGGCCUGUGCUCAGCCUGGCACCCCUUGGCUCCACCACGCCCAGCCUUUUCUCCACGGACUUCCUCGAUGGCCAUGACCUGCAGCUGCACUGGGACUCCUGCUUGUAGCUCUCCUGAGACGGAGGCGGGGAAGGGGCUGGAGCCAACAUGGCUGUGUGCCGCGUUGAGCCUUGACAAUCAUGGGCCGGCCCUGCUUGGCCUUUCCCUGGGUGGCUGGGGCCACUGCUGGCUCUGGCACACUGGGGUGGAGGAGAAGCUGCCAUCGGCAGCUCAGGCUCUGCUGGGGCUUUGGAGGCCUGGCCAGGGCCAUUUCAAUUCGACCUCCUUUUGUGAGGUCAGAGGUGCACUGUCGGACUGGUGGCGUGGAGGGAGGAUAGCACCUGGGCGUCUCCUUGGUCAGCCGGGCCCGGGCUUCUGCUACUUCCUGGGGAGGCUUCCUGCCGUUCAGUGUUUUUGGCGUGACCAUGUAGAGGUUGGUGGCAACACUUCCCUGUACAGGUGUAUAUACUGCUAUAUUAUGUAUCAGCGAACAAUAUAUGCAUCUAUUUUGGGGGGUGCAGGAGAUGGGUGCAGUUCCCCUGACCUGCUUUCACAUACAGAAGGGCUGGAUUGAGGGUCACCCUGAGCUGUGCCACAAGCCCCGGCCAGCUGCCUGGGCUCACCCCUCACGUGUGUUUAACAUGCAGACACCCUGUCACCGCCUGUGCCCCACCUUCCUGCUACCCAGCUCUCCUUAGUGCCACAAGGGUUUCCUGGCCCUCCUGCCAGGAGCUCCCCGCUGCCUGCUCCAUCCCUGGCUCAGUGCAGCCCACUCCACCCUGGGACAGGAGGGGCUCGACCAGCCUGCUGUGGGUGCGCCUGCUGCCCCAGGCCGCCAGACUCGCAUGCUGGGCUGUUUCAUGGGGUGAAGGGAUGGAGUCACCAAACCCAGUGCUGGGAUGAAGGUGGGAACUGUGUGAACUUUUUAAAAUAAAAGCAAAAACACUGA